AUGAACCUGAGUCACCCGUGGACACCAGUGGAGUCUGUCAGCCUCUGUUAUGAAUCUGUGAACGGCUCCUGUGUAAAGACUGUUUACCCCCCUGUCUUGAGAGCCCCACUCUACCUCAUCUUCGCCAUAACCAUCAUUCUGAUCGUGUUCGGCAACCUGCUGGUCAUCUGCACCAUCGUCAGUUUCCAGCAGCUACACACCCCUACCAACUACCUGAUCGUCUCCAUGGCCGUAGCAGACCUUCUCCUGGGCAGCUUUGUCAUGCCCCCCAGCAUGGUGAGGUCUUUAGAAACAUGCUGGUACUUUGGAGACUUCUUCUGCAAAUUUCACUCCAGCACCGAUUUUACUCUGUGUAACGCCGCUGUAAUGCAUCUCACGUUCAUCUCGAUCGAUCGAUACUACGCCGUGUGUCAGCCGCUCCAGUACCACAGCAAAAUGACCACGCGUGUGAGCGUCGCCAUGAUCCUGGUGAGCUGGGGCUUCUCUGCUCUUUUUGGCUUUGGCAUCACGUUCUCAGAGCUGAAAAUCGAACAAACAACAACCGAGGAGGUGCACGCUAGUUGCAAGGGAGGGUGUUUAGCGUUGCACGGAAGAGAAAUCGGAGUGACAUAUUCACUUGUUUUCUACUUCUUCCCUAUGUUUGUAAUUGUCAGCAUUUAUGGCAAGAUUUUCGUUAUAGCCCUGAAACAUGCUCGUGCCAUAAAUAACUACCCCACAGGCUCAUCGGUUAAUACAAAGGAUCUGAAGGCCACUAAGACGCUUGCCAUUGUCAUUGGAGUUUAUAUGUGCUGUUGGACACCUUAUUUCAUGUGUAACAUCAUAGAUCCUGCGGUUGGCCAUUCCAUACCAGCACUGUUAUAUGAGGUGCUAAUGUGGGUGGCUUAUUUAAACGCUGUGUUUAACCCCAUGAUUUAUGCUUUAUUUUACAGUUGGUUCAGAGAAAAAUCAAAACUCCUAUAUAAAAAACUAUACAAGUUGUGCAAAUAG